GUCUGUCGGCCGAGCGCUCGUCAGUAGACCGCCCGCACGCGGCAAGCGAUGACGUGUAGCCAGUGUGUCGAUGUCGCGUGGCGCGGGCACCCGCGCGGCUCGUGACGCCGACGGCGGCAUGUGAUGUUUAGGAGACGCGCGCUGCGGCGGCGGCUGGCGGCGGCCGGCGCGCCUGCCGUGCCCGACGACCAGCUCCGCCAACUCGCCAGGGCCCUGGACCAGCGCGACGAAGGCACCCAGUGCGUCCUCGCCGGCCAUGUCGCCUCACAACUCCGGCUCGCUGUCACGCGCGCCUUCAGAUUCCCCGACGUCCGAGAGCUGAGCGAACUCCGCAGACUGCCCGGAUGCGCACAGCAACAGUGCUGCAACCCUUACCACUGGAGUCGCCUUUGCAAGCCCGAAACCCCUCCCCCUCCAUACAGUCGGCUCGCAAUGGAUGACGUCAAACCUAAAGAGCAUGGCGAGAGCACGGAGGACGCUAGAAGGACAGACCAUGAGCGGCUAGUCACAGGAUCCCUUGCCACCGACGGUGAAGAACGCCCAAGCUGGGAGUCAGAGUGGUGUAGACUAGCGUACUGGGAGCUGGCACAGAGGGUGGGUCGCCAGUUCGGUGUCCGGGGCAGAGCUGUGGACGUGUUCGGGGGCGGCGGGGGCUCCUGUGGCAGCGGCAGACAUGGCAUGUGUCUGGACAACCUCGAGGAGAGGCGGGACGCGCCGCAAGCGGAGCAGGUGCGAAAAACUAGAGCGAAAAUCGGCUUGGGAGUGACACUCUCCCUCGAGUCGGAUGGCGUCUGGCUUUACAACAGGAGUCAGGAGCCAGUCUUCGUCAGCUCCCCAGCCCUGGACGCUGCUGCAGCCAAGGCCUUGCUGGUCUGGAGGGUCGCACCAGGUCACUGCUUAUGUAUAUUCGACCCUGCGUGUCCGCCCCCGGCAGUCUCGCUCCCACAUAUAGGCCCAGUGGACCCCAGGUCCGUCAGGAUUUCGUUUGCUAAAGGCUGGGGUCCAAAAUAUUCGAGAAGGGAUGUGACGGCUUGCCCGUGUUGGUUGGAAGUGCUGUUGGCCCCUCCGAGCUGACGCCAGGACGUCAAAUGAGAUGAAUAUUGCUUGUGGACGCUUCGUAAAAUACCAAUAUAUAAGUGAUGACAUCAAUACACUGAUAUAGUCCAUUUCUAGCGAUGAAGGAAAACGUACAAUGACGUACAAAAACUCAGUUAAAUAUGUGAGUAGGUAAAUAAUUUGUUUAGUUAUCAAUUGGUUUUUACGGAUAUUGUAUGAUAAUGCAUCUAGCAUGGAUAUCAGAUUAUAUAAUCUGAUCAUUUUUUAUCAAAACGGAUAUGCGUUUUGAUAAAAAAUGCAUUUAGAUCUUUUGUUAUUAUCGGUGACUUAUGUAAUCGCUUGCAAGCAAUAUUUGUCGUUAUAAGUGCAGACAGACAGUGUGAUGAAAUUGGAAAACGGACCAUAGUGAAGUGUAAAGACAAUUUUUCUAAUGGACAAUUCUACAAACAAUUUAUUUUUUACUUUUUACGCCAUGAGAAAUGGAAUGUCGAAGUUCACGAAAGGUUACUUAAUUUAUUUUAAUGCUUGGCAUCCCAUUUCCAUGUUAUGAUUGUGUAUUUUUAAAAUAUUGGUAAGGUUAGGUUGUUUCCUAUGUUUUGUUUUCUGAAGGGAAAAAUUUAAGAAUUCAACAAGUCACGAUUAGUGCAAAAAGCAUCAAAUGAACUGAAAGUUUAUCUGUCAGACGUGACUGAAGUUUUCUUUUUAGAAAAUAUAAGGAUACGUAGAAUAACUUAACCAUUCCAUUUGGGUGCGACCGAUGCACACUGACGAAACCCAUUUUCGGGUUUUAAACCUCUUUUUCGGGGAUUUUUCAUUGUACCUUUAUAACACGUUAUAUUUAUUAGAUAACAAAUUCAGUUGUUCACCAUUUUGUAAAUAUACCAUUCAGUGAAUAUGUACACACGUGAGGCCUUGUAUAACUUUGUAAAUGAACUGCUGAUACAUACUUAAAUGUCAGCUAUAACUUUUGUAUUUCGUUUGGCAGUGUUUCUCUUUCGAGUUGGAUUUUUUUUUAAUCACUCGCAAGCGUAUUGCUAUCACAAUCAUUAUUUAAAUCUGUUUCUCAUCAAAAUCAUUAGUUCCUCGUCAAAAUUGGAAAAGCCAAUUUUGUGACGAGAACGCAACCCAGAUCCCUUCGCAAGAGGAGUCCUGACCGCGGAAUCGUGAGGCCUUACCACGUUAAAAAAUGUAUAUGACUGUACCAUUUAAUGUAUAUUACUGUAUAAAAUCAGCUGUAAGACAACGCGAGACUGUAUAUAUAAAUUAAUCUUUAUAUGUACUAAAAUUUGUAAUAAACUAUUUAUAAUAAUUAUUAAAUAUGCCUUACCUUAGAUAAUAUUUACUUAAGUUUAGUUUUAAAUAUAUUCGUUCUUGUACAAAUUAAAUUUGACACUAUAUUUUGAGUUGAUAUCGUGAAGACGGCUGUGUGUAACGCAUUUGUAACGAAACGGAGAUGUGUGACAAUUGACACGUCACGGGAGAUAUAGCCUACAUCCUUAUAUUUUCACUUUAUCCGAUUUGAUACUUUAUACCCAAGCAAGCGUUUUUGAAAGUCCUAUUAACAUUUAAAAGAACAACUUUUAAAACUAUCACAUUUAUUUUAUAAAUUUGUUUUAUGACAUUUUUUUCACUAAUAGAUUUUUUAUCGAGUACGUAUCAAAUCGGAUACUUAUGAAAUUCUAUAAAAACAUCAAUCUUCUAGUUUCUACGAUGGAAAGAUCUGCCAAUCUUGUUUCCAGUAAUAGUGCAAUCAUUUUUUAAUAGAUAAGUGAUAACCGUUCUUAAACAUUGUGCCUUGCGUUAUAUUCUGAUAAUAAUAUAAUCCAAAAUUUAUAUAGGGUAAUACAGUCAAUUUCACUGGCCUAUACGAAUAAGUAUAUUGUAUUAAAUUAUAUACAAAUUACUUUAUAUACUUAACCUCGAAUUUAAGGUGUAUCGCUUAGAAAAAAGUGAGUUGACUUGACAAUAAGAUAUAACGAUCUAGUCUAUUAAAAUCUUGGUUCGUAUACAAUUAGUAUGCUGCGGCUUCGCUUCUAGCCUGUUUGACAUAAUUUCAGAUUUAUUUUUAAACUGGCGAAGUAGAUCCACCACAAAAUAUUAUUGACACUAUUAAAAUAUUGCUAUCAUUAAAUCUGUCAAAAUGAAAACUAUAAAAAUUAUGCAUGAUUUUAUAAAAAAUGGAUUAGUCAAAUAAAAAGAUAUUUUACAUCUAUUGGUAGAAUUUUAAUAUGACAUACCUAAUUUAUUUGGUCUGACACAAGCAGUAGCUAAUUUUUUAAUAUCGAAACCUCGAAAUAAAUCUAAAAUUUCAACAUAAUAUAUGUUUUUGGGUACUCCUUAUCUUAUGUAAAAAUCGUUUUUUAUUUGACUGCACACAGUGAAAAAAAGUCAUAAUUAUUUUAAAAAAAUAAAUAAGUGGACUGUCACAACAUCCAAGCCCAGCUACAGAAUAUUAUUUCGUCUUCGAGAUGGUAAAGCUAUUUAGUCACUGCAUUAGACUGAUGUAGCGCCUUAAAAAUGUUUACAUAAUUUUAAACGAUGUGUAACGGCAUUAGUGAAAAAUUUUAACAUAGGUAAGUAGUAACAAAAAUUAUUUUUUUUCAGAUAUUUUGAAAAAAGAAUUACAAAAAGUUAUAUUACCUUUUUUUUUACACUCUUCUGGACGUCGAGUCUUUUAAUUAUACUUAUAUUUUGAUUAAUGAAACACAUUGUUUAAAAUAUGUUGCUGAUAUAAUAAUAAUAUAAUAUUUAGUCUCCCGAAUCGCCGGUUAGUGUUUGUUUGACUGAAAGAUGGAUGAGAUUAGGUUACAAUAAAUUAUAAAUAAAAGAGAAUAUUUUUAAAAAAA